GUUCUUUUUGGUCUGAAUGUCAUUCUGUUUGCCACUGCACCUAUGCAUACCGGUAGCCAGCAAUAACUUGGAGACCGAUGAAAUUCAAGCAGCAGGAAAAGAAGCGUCCCAAUGAUGCGAGUGGCAUCGAUUAUCUUGGACCACGCCCAUCCUCGUUAAGGCGAACGCAGGAGACGACAAUCACUCCUGGUCGUCCUCGCGCACUAGUGUCAUUCUCGCCAUGCUGCAAUCUCCUAUCAUCGUCCACCCCCCUGCAGUCACAAACGCCAAUGUCACAACUCACACAGCCACUGUACAGCCCAGUGGAUCUAACAGCAGGACUUGACGAGCACGAGAACCAGGUUGAGCCGUUGAUUGCUCUACUGGAAGACGGGCGCAACCCUCCCAAGGAACAAUCAAUUGAGAUUCGAGAGGACACCGUGGCAAUCGGAAGUGAUGACACACGCUGCAGAAUUUUUAUCCGUAGCAAGCAUAGGCGUGUGAGUCGUGUACACUGUGAGCUUUCCUUCUUCGAUGGAAGAUGCUCUUUAACAGCAAAAUCCAAGUGUUGGGUUCUCUCAUACAACAACAACCAAUGGACACCGAUCAAAGCUGGGCGCGGGUUUCCAAUUUCACAUCGGAGUCGGUUGAGGUUGGUAUGUCCUGGUUACAAACAAGAGGAUGCUAAGGAUGGUGGAGUUGAGUAUAUUGUCCAUCUCAUGGCCACGAUCCCCGGCGGCAACCCUGGAUCGCAUUCGUUUGAUCUCCAGUAUCUCCAUCUACUGGAACAAAUUGAGCUCCAUGGCGUCUUGCAGACAGCCAAUAAAAAGGGGCCGAAUCGUGCGCUACCAAAAACGUUUCCAUUUGACAUUGACUUGCAUGAUCCCACAGGACAAGAUCGGAACCUACUGCCAAUAACAAGCCUUCGUUCCCUAUAUGGUGGACGCCCAGCACUUGUUGAGGCUUUGUGGUAUCUACGUGGAGAGGAUCACAUUACCUAUCUUCAAGACAACAAUUGCCCAUUUUGGGACCGGCAAGCAACCAAGAAAGAUGAUGUUGAUAAUUGGCUUGGCUUGAACUAUGGAUUGCUUACAAAUUUUCCACAGCCUAAUGGCCAAGGGACAUACAAUCAGUUAGAGGAAGAGGCCAUCAAGCCUCUAUGCAAGCAUGGCUCCAGUUCCCGAAACAUGACUUGCUCCCUGUUCAAGCCUGGUGAAGAAACAGUGCAAAGAGCUUGUACAUCUAGUAUUCAAUUCUCUGUUUCCACAAAUAACAAUGUUGAGUCAUUGAACCUGACUAUCAAUCAACGUUCGUCUGACACAAUUGUUGGGCUUCCUCAUGAUGUAGUGGUAUGGAGCAUAAUCCUUCAUUUGGUACGGAGGGAAGUGUGGAUUCGGUCACAGCGCAAAUUGCAUGCUGGAACUUUGUCCUUUGCCAUAGUUCAAAAUUGUGCUCAUGUCUACCAAAUCAAUGAUGGUGCCUUGCAUGAGAUUCUGCAACGAAAACCCAAACCUGAGUGCCAACCAUAUUUGGUCAUAGAUGAUGACAAAAGUGGAAUCUUUGAUCUGGCAGCGGCCAAAAAACCUCCUGUGUCGUUGAGGAUUGCAAAGUAUGAUCACUACCACCCAAGCAUUAGGUUGCAGGUAGCUGAGGACAAGAAGGGAUAUCAGCAAAAAUAGGAUUCUUUGCUUGUUAAGCUUUUCGCUGUGCAUUUCCAGCCGUGCAGCUGUAUGACUGAAUAUUGUAUGGUUUGGAGACUUGAAGAAUUUGAGGCGUCAAUUUGUGUGGUGUGAAGUUUUUCUCUAGCUCUUUGGAGAUGAAGUAGCAACUGGCUUCUUGAAAAUAGAAACAGCAUCCAUGCUUUCAAGUAUGUGUCGUUGCAGCUAGUAGCUAUUUGUGUUAACCAGUGUUCGCAAAGUUGCGUCGAACAGCUA